AUGAAUAAACCAUGGUCAAUGGCUCUAGGAUGGGCCAGUUUGAUAGCAACAGCAGGAAUAGGAUAUUAUUUUGCAAAAAAAGAUAUAAAUGCAAGACGUAGGGAACAAAUGGCAUACGGAAAUAUUAUACAAGAAAAGCUUGACUGGAAAGAAAGAAUAGAAUUAGACGAGAAAAGGAUGAGAAAAGAUAAAAAAUCUAUGGAAGAAAUUCAAGAAAACGAAAAUUUAACAAAGAAUGCUACAAAGCAUUCUUUAGAAAGUACUUCUAGCCAACCAUAUGUAAAAUUAAAGCAAAAAGAAAAUCGAUAG